CGAGGGCACGGCUGGCCGCGCGGCUUGCUGAUGAUGGCGGACGCCGGGGUUGAAAGGUUGCUGCACGACACGCUGCGGGCUUUCAGGGAGAAUUACCCGACCUGCGAGCCGAGUGUUGGCGUGGCCGCUCCGGGAAGAGUGAAUCUCAUCGGAGAGCACACAGACUAUAACCAGGGAUUCGUGUUGCCGGUGGCUCUCCCGAUGAUCACAGUGUUGAUCGGCUGUCAGAGUGCAGAUGGGAUAAUCUCAUUACUUACUACGGCAAAGGAGGCAGAUGAGCCAAAACAACUGGAAUUUCCCGUGCCAACUGAAUCAAAGCCUCUGAGUCCUGGUGUACCUCGCUGGGCUAACUAUGUGAAGGGAGUUAUUCAGCAUUACAGGGCAGGUCCACUAACUGGGUUUAAGGCAGUGAUGGCAAGUAAUGUUCCAUUAGGAGGAGGGUUGUCCAGUUCAGCAUCUUUGGAAGUUGCCAUGUACACCUUCCUACAGCAAAUUUGUCCAGAUGACGGAGAUUUAAUGGAAAAAGCCCUGGCCUGUCAGAAAGCUGAGCAUACUUUUGCCUCCAUGCCUUGUGGAAUCAUGGACCAAUUCAUCUCAGUGAUGGGGCAAAAGGAUCAUGCCUUGCUUAUUGAUUGCAGGUCUUUGGAAGUUACCCCUGUGCCCCUUAAUGACCCCAGUGUGGUGAUCCUGAUCACAAACUCCAAUGUGCGACACACUCUGACAGGAAGCGAGUACCCAACUCGACGCAUGCAGUGCAUGGAAGCUGCAAGGGUGCUCAGGAAGGAGAGUCUCCGAGAUGCUUCCAUGGAUGACCUGAAAGCGGCUGAGGCCCAUCUGGAUAAGGAGGUGUAUUGCAGGGCACGUCACGUCAUCAGUGAAAUCAAACGCACGACUGAUGCAGCUGAAGCUUUGAAAUCCAGGGAUUACCAAGAGUUUGGGAAACUGAUGGUGCAGAGCCACAAUUCACUGAGAGAUGAUUAUGAGGUCAGUUGCCCAGAACUGGAUGAGCUGGUUGCUGCAGCAAUGGAUGGUGAGGGGGUCUACGGCAGUCGAAUGACUGGAGGUGGUUUUGGCGGCUGCACGGUUACUUUAUUGGACACUGCAGCUGUGGAAAAUACCAUCCAGCGGAUAAAGGACACGUACAGUGGAACUGCAACAUUCUAUUUAGCUAAACCGUCCAGUGGUGCCCAUGUACUGAAACUGUGAGAACAUAUUCUUACCAACUCAAGACAGACAAUUAUCUACAUCCAAUCGAGGGAGCCGUGUAACAAUCCACAAAGCGACUCUCGCCUGAUCCCUGUAUAUUGGAAGAAACGUUUUUUGACCAUGUGAGAGAGAAAACAUUUUUCAGAAAGUUUAACAAAAACUGACUGCUGGAUGACAAAACUGAAACCAGCUGACUCCUCGUGAGGAAUCAGAUAAUAUGGACUUUAAUCCAUUGGAUUCACUUGGCUUAGGGUUCAGUACUGCACCAUAGAACCUAACACAGCCAUUGUGCAGAUAUAAUUGGGAAAGCUAUCUGUCAUCUGUUGUAUUGUAACUAGUUUGCAGGAGUCGCCAGUCUCUAUCCCAGGCCGUCUAUGUUUAUCCCAAGGCUGCUUGUUGCAUAUUGAGUUUGUAAGUAAGGCAGGUGAAUGGAGUUGAGAUACAGAUCAGCCAUGAUCUAAUUGAAUGAAAGAAUGAAAAGGUCAUUCAGCCCCUCGAACCUGGUCUGCCAUUUAAAAAAGAUCAUGGCUGAUUGUGGCAUAACACCACUUUCUUUUGUUGCCCUCAUAAUCCUUGAUUCCCUUGGCAAUAAAAAAUCUGCCUAAGUCAGCCUUGAAUAUAUUCAGUGAAGAUUGCUGGAAUAGAUAUGAGGGGCUGAAUAUUCUGCUCCUGUUUCAAUGCUCUUACCAUUUUGUACUUGACAAAAAUUUAGUGUCUCCCAGCAUUGCUGCACAUGGCAGUCUUCUGUUGGCAAAUUGAUUAGGCUUUUUGUUUUAUUUUGGAGAAAUUGACUUUUACUAGAAUAUGAUUUCAGGGGCACCAGACCCCUCUCUCCUUUAAUAGCAGAUCCACAUGGUCAUUCUCUGUGUUUGAGCCUACGCUGUGAGUAUUGAUGGAUUACUACUACUGCACAAGGAUUGCUUGAUGUCUGCGCCUGCAGGUCUCAUCAGAACUCACUGCAUUGUGAUCGAGCAUUGAACCCAGGAAUUUGUGAGAUUCCUUACCAACCCAGGCUAUGGAUGUAGCCCACUGAGCCAUCCAGAGAAGAGUUGAAUUAUUGCUGGUGUGUUAUGAUAAGCACAUGAGGAUGUGACAAACUGUUACUUCUUGGUAUAUGGUACUAUUUGGCCCAGGUUUUCUGUUGUUUCUCAUUAAAGUUUAGGGUACAUUUUGUACAAAUUCACAUUUCAGCUAUUCUUUGAGAAAUCCAUAUUUUACACUCAAAAAAUCCAGCAAUACAAAACAAAACAGCUGUUGCUGUAGAAACACUUUGUACAAUGGUCUGAAGUGUUUGCUAUUUUAAUUCAAUGAACCUUAAAAGAAAUUGCACAAUACAUGUCUUCCACGGUACAUUUUUGAAGUUAGUCAGAGAAAUUACAUUACCUGCAAAUUCAAAUUCUAGCACUGUUCCAUUAGAUCAGGGAUGAUCUAUCAUUGACUGGCAUUAGUUUUAUAACCAUUACUACGUUUACUUAGGAAAAAGUCUAUCCGUCUCAGUCUUGAAAUUCAGUUUUCAGCAGAGGAAAUAGUUUCCUCUUUCACCUUCCUUUGACCACCUAAAACACUCAUCACUCCUUAAACCUCUACUAGUCACAAUAGAUUACAGUCUAUAUACAGCCAAUAAUACAAACUAUGCACACACUGAGCACUCCUAAUGGAGUUGAUUUUAUAUGUGGUGAGUUGUUAAAUUUAAAUGCAGUUGCCUUUUGGGGUUGCUUGUACCCCUCCCUCAUUUCCCCAAAGCAAGUUCCCACUCACCUACUCUUCACCUAGUCUCUGUUGUUUCCUUUUGUCUCUCUAAAAACUUUGUUGAGGACCAAUGGACUAUUAUUUGAGGCACCAUUGCUGCUGCUAAUGGCCUGGUGACAAGUGACAGUAGUACAGUCACUGAUCUUGUUUAUCACUUGAAUGAAACUCAUGUUUCUGCUGUUGAGUUGGGAAACACCAUUAAUGGAGCCUGAUUGUUGGGAAUUGCAUAUUGUUUUAUCAACUUGGAAUUGUUUAACUCCUGAAGGUGAGGGACAGUGGUGAUAAUAUCUGGAGCAUUGUCAAAGUAGAGACAUUUGUUAAUAUGGAGCUCAGAAAAAGCACAAAUUUGGUGCAAAAUUCCCACUACACUGCCCAGGCACUAAAUGUUAGGGGAUAAUUGUUACUUGAGUUUCAAAUUUUCUGACUUUCAAUUAAUAGUACCAAAGUGGUAUGUAAUGUGUGUCAAUUCCUGAAUUUGUGUUGAUGGCAGGUUAAGAUUGAAUACAAAAUCAGGACAUUUAAAUAAAGUCUUGAAUUUGUAUAGCACCUUUCACAAACUCUGAACACUCCAAAGUACUUCCUAGUCAAAGUGUGUUGUUGAAUUGUUAGUGUUAUUCUGUAAGAGACAUGGCAGACAGUUUCCAGACUACUGUAACUCAUGAUUUGGAGAUGCCGGUGUUAGACUGGGAUGUACAAAGUUAAAGAUCACACAACACCAGGUUAUAGCCCAACAGGUCUAUUUGGAACCACUA